AUGAGCUCGAACCCUCCUCAGUCGGGCAACCAAGGACAAAGCACCGCUACUCCCGCCGCUUCGACCCAGCCCGCAUCCUCUACCCCCCUGGCUGCCACCCAGGCGCCAGCCCGAUCUUACGCCAACGCAACUAAGAAGUCCGCGACGGACUCUACCGCCGCACCCGUCACCGUGGGCGGUUCAGCGCAACAUGGGCAGUCGAGCUCCGUAUCUGUGAACGGCAAACCCAUGCAAAAUCAAUCUCAGCAGUCGGCCUCUUCUGGCGUGACCAUUGUCAAUGGAGCCCCCACUGCUUCGGCUGCUCCCUCCGGCGAUCACUCUCGCAAGCCAUCUGUGACCAUCACCUCGAGCGGUACCUCCGGCUACAUGCCCAACGGUGGUGGCCCGGCCAGUCGGCCCAACAGUCUUCAGUUCGGUUUCCAGCAGAGUUCUCCCAACAUGGGUGCUCCCGCUGUGCCUGUCUCCAACCAGGCCCAGGCUGGACUUGGUGCCCCUUCGACAAACCCCCGGGUGACUUCUCCUCAGACUUCUCCUUCGCCUAUUCCCCAGCCCGCCUCCAGCGGCGGUCGCCCACCUCCAUCGACUUACCAGGCGCAAGGAAAUGUACCGAACUUCGGUAGCUUUGGAGAAUCUGCCGAUGCUAACGCUUCUCUUGCACACGGUGCUCAGCAUUUGCGUCGCGAGUCCUCCCAAUCCACCCACAGCGAUAUGAGCAACCACAUGGGCAGCGGCCCCGGACGUUCAAACUACCAGGGUGGUCGCGGUCGCGGAUACUCCCAACCCGGCUACCAGGGACAACAAAUGCCAUACUCUCCUAACCCCGGUUUCCGUCAGACCCCCAACCAGCCGCGAGGCGGUCCUAACAUGGGUCCCCAGUUUCACGGCUCGAACCAGGGUCGUCCUUUGGCUCCCUACCCUAACUCGCCUCACCAAGCCAACCGCAGCCCUGCCCUGGCCAACGUUAACCCCACCACUCCUCAGAUGAACCAGGUUCCGAUGGCACACCCCCAGAUGCCUCAGCAACCCUACGGUUACGGUCAACACAUGGGCCCUCAAGCUUCAUUCCCCAACGCCUACGAUCCCAACUACGCUGGUUAUUACAACCCGAACGCUGGUUACUACAUGGGCCCGCCGUCUCCCCAGCCUCGUACUGCUGGCAUGCCCUACAACCCUCAGUACAUGGGACAGCAAUUCCCUAACCCCAUGCCUCAGGCGACACCACUUUCACGUACUCCCUCCCAGGUAUCUACUGAUCGUCCAGGUUCGAGCCUCGGCCAAGGACCGGCACCCACUGGUCCUGCUGUUCCUGGCCACACCCACUCUGGCAGCCGCGCAUCCAACAGCCCCGCCCCCAAGCCUCACUUUAUCAUCCCCUCAGCCAAGAAGAGUCCAAUCAUCAUCAAGGACCCUAACAGCGGCUCAUUUACUCCUCCUCCUACAUCCACUCCUCCACCUCGCACUGCCAGCGCGUCUGAGCACACUCGUACCGAGAGCAAGGCGAAUGCCACGAAGACCGACGAGGAGAAGAAGCAGGAACUGAAGGAUGCUGUUCGCCUGAAGAUCCAGCAGGAUGAGGCUGCUCAGAAGCAGCGUCUGGCCGAUGAGGCCUCUCGCACUGAAGCCACGUCGACCGAUGCCAAGAAGGAUGAUACUGAGUCUGUCCGGGCUGCCGUUGAAGAUCUUAGUAUCAAGGAUAAGGCCGCUCCCGUCGAGGAGCCCAAGAAGGUGGUUGCUGCCGAAGAAUUGAAAGAGGUUGCUGCCCCUGCUGAAGAGCCCAAGAAGGCUGCUGCCCCCGCCCCCGCCCCCGCCCCCGCAGAUGACGAUGAGAUCGACUUUGAUGCUAUCGAGCGUGAAAUGGCCGAGAUUGAAGCCAAGGAGCGCGCCGCCGAGGAAGACUACAACCGCGCCAAGCAAGCUAAGAAGGAAGAAGCUGCACGCAAGGAGCGCGAGGAACUUGAGAACUACGAGGCCAACAUGAAGAAGGCCGAGGCUGAGGCCGAGGCCCGCGAGAUUGCCCGCGAGAACGCCGCUCGUGCCGGAGGCAGCGACGCCACCCAGGACGACAACAAGGAUGCGUUUGCCGCGCUCAAGAAGGGUGGCUAUGGUGCCACCGAGUCUUCCACCCCUGGCGACAGCGGUGCUGCUACUCCUGUUUCAUCUGACAUGGGCCCACCAGCCAAGCCUGCCAGCGCCAUUCCCAAGAAGCCCGCUGGCCUCAAGCUCGAUACCCCCAAGCCCACCGAGCCCCUGCAAGCAACCGCAGGCAUGAAGUCUUUGCAGAAUGCCAAGUUCUUGGAAGACCUCAGCAAGGUCACUUACCCAUCGACCAUCACUCCUCCCAGUACAGAGAUGAACGCUGCUGCGCCCGAAGGUCGCAAGUUCCACUACGACCGGGACUUCCUGCUACAGUUCCAGGCCGCAUUCAAGGACAAGAUCUCUGUCGACUGGGACCUCCGUCUGCGGGACACAGUUGGUGAUGCCACCGACUCUUCCCGUCCCCAGUCUGCCCGCACUCCUAGCAUGGGUAGCCGUGCUGGCUCUCGCAGCGGCACCAUGGGUCCGGGAGGACCUUUCCCCGCCAUGGGCAGCUUCAACAGACCUGGUCAGAUGCCCCCUAUGGGCAGCGGAGCGAUGGGCAGCCGCAAUGCUUCCUUCCAAUUCGGACGGGGCGGCCCUGGUGGCAUGGGUCCUAUUGGCAAUAUUCGCCAAAACUCUGCCGGUGUUCCUCCUCGUGGCAGCUCGAGCAAGGGCCCCCGUACCGACAGCCGACAGAAGAAGCACGGUGGCCGAGGAGGGGACGAGGCGCAAAACAAGUCGAUGCCUCUUACUGCUGGCAUGGAUCUGAAGGCAAUUCAAACCACUGCAACUGGCUGGAAGCCUCGCAGCGUUGGCCAAGGUGCUGGUCCCGCCCCUGGUGGUGAUGGCGGCUAUUUGGCACCGGAUGUCGUGCAGCGCAAGGUCAAGGCUGCUCUCAACAAGAUGACACCGGAGAACUUCGACCGUAUCUCCGGUCAGAUCCUCGCGAUUGUCUCCCAGUCCAAGGACGAGUCCGACGGUCGUACUCUGCGCCAGGUCAUCCAACUCACAUUCGAGAAGGCUACUGAUGAGGCUCACUGGGCCCCUAUGUACGCCAAGUUCUGUAAGAGCAUGCUGGAGAGCAUGAGCCCAGAGAUUAAGGAUGAGAACAUUCGUGACCGAAAUGGCACCGUUGUUGCUGGUGGAAGUCUGUUCCGGAAGUACCUGCUCAACCGCUGUCAAGAAGAGUUCGAGCGUGGCUGGAAGACUAACCUGCCUGAUAAGCCCGAGGGCACUACUGAAGAGGUUGCAAUGAUGUCUGACGAAUACUACAUCGCUGCCGCCGCUAAGCGUCGUGGUCUUGGUCUCGUCAAGUUCAUUGGUGAACUGUACAAGCUCGGCAUGCUUACAGAGCGUAUCAUGCACGAGUGUGUUAAGAAGCUUGUGGACUACGAGGGUAUCCCCGAUGAAGCCGAGGUCGAGAGUUUGACCAGUCUGCUGCGCACCAUCGGUGCCAGUCUCGAUGCCUCUGAGAAGGGACCUGCCAUGAUGGACGCCUACUUUGCUCGCAUCCACCUGAUGGUUGAGACACCCAACCUGCCCAGCCGUCUCCGUUUCAUGCUUCUGGAUAUUAUCGAUCUGCGUGCCGCACGCUGGAACUCCAAGGAUGCCGAUAAGGGUCCUCAGACCAUCGUUGAGAUUCGCGAGGCUGCUGCCCGUGCCGCGCAAGCCGCUGAAGCCGAGCGCCAGCGCCAGUCCAGCAACCGCGGAGGCGGUGGCCGCAUCCCCAUGGGUCGCGGUGAUGCCCGCGGCUUCGGAUACGGAAACCAGGCCCCUCCCCCCCGAUUACGCCUCUAG